ACCAUUAAUCAUGCUGCCUGUUGGGGGGAGGAGCACCAGCUUGACACCGGAUGUUGACAAACCGAAGGUUCCGUUUCUAGUAGCCUCCACAUCUAGAAGUUUCCUGCCAGUCUGAAAGUACAACCCGCCAGGUUAGCGCAUUCAUGGCAGCUGAACGCAGCUUCCCUGAUAGCUUCAUUGAUGAAGACCCACACAAAGCUCUGGAGGCACUCAAUGAGGCCUUGCAGGGAGAGUCUGACAAUGCUGAGUGGUUCUGUCAACGUGCCUAUGCCCACAUACUUCUAAAGAACUACAGCUGUGCUGUUGAGGAUGCUAAGAAAGCUCAGCAGCUAAAGCCCAGUCAUCCACUAGCCUUCAUGCGAACAGGAAUAGCAGAGUACCACCUGAAACACUAUGAGUCAGCGCAUGCAGCCUUCACUCAGGGACACCAACUGGAUGUUUCGGACGGUUCGUUCGAGGUCUGGAUCAAGAGGUGUGAAGAGAUGAUGAGUGACAAGGCUGAGAACGGCAGCGUGAAAGCGCAGGCGCCAGCAGCUGCACCUGUGAAGCACGACUGGUACCAAACAGAGUCUCAAGUCAUCGUUACAGUUAUGGUGAAAAACGUACCAAAGGACAGCGUUUCUGUCAACUUCCUGGAAAAAGAGCUCUCUGCAGAGAUGCAGCUGCCAUGUGGGGAGAACUUCAACCUCCACCUCCACCUGCUGCACCCCAUCAUCCCCCAGCAGAGCAGCUUCAAGGUCCUCACCACCAAGGUGGAAAUCAAGAUGAAGAAGACGGAGGCCAUUAGAUGGGAGAAGCUGGAGGGAGAAGGGCAGGAGACCAACAUCAAACACUUCAAUCCCGACCCGUACCCCACAUCCUUCCACUACACCCGCAAGUGGGACAAGAUGGCGUUGGACAUCAGCGAGGAGGAGAAAAACGAGAAGCUGGAGGGAGACGCCGCACUCAACAAGCUCUUCCAGCAGAUCUACUCGGACGGCUCGGACGAGGUCAAACGAGCCAUGAACAAAUCCUUCCUGAGCAGACAGGAAGAGAGGGAGCAGAAAGCGAAGAGCCUGAGUUUGCCCGCAUUCACGUACAAAAACAGGAGAUCAUAGAAACACAGACAGCUCGAGAUCUGUUCUGUCAGCCAGAGGAUCAGAUUUCGCCAAGAAAACAAACAAAACUCCAUUAUCUGCAAGUGAGCAUGGAACAACACUGCAGAUUUCUUUCACUGGUAAAAUUUCAUCGCCGCAACACAAAGAUGUAAAUCUGGUCAAAGCUGACAACAAUGUUUUUUUUAUGUUUUUCACUCUCGCAUCAGUGAUUCCAACACCAUCUUUGAGUCAGCAAGCGCCAUCUAUCUAAAAGGAGAAAGUUUUCAUGGAGAGCUGACCUUUUGAUAGAGGCAGCUUUGGUCUUUUCACCCCGCAAUACUAUAAGCAUUGUUGAAGUGAGCUCUCGUUUGCCCCGUCGUUAGCUUUUGCACCCAGGAAAGUAGCUAAUUUUGGCCUCGUUUUGGCGCCCUGUUUGACGUCCCAGAACCAGUGGAUAAAUCUGAGCGAAAAGCGGAGCGCCCCUCAAACCGGCACAGACAGACGCUGAACUGACUGCGACCCACAGCCGCUCCCAAACAUCCAUCUGCACUUAUCGCAACAUGCAUAUUGAUUUGUCACAGUCGUGUCAUCUGAAUCCCUGCAGAAGAGGUGGGGAGUGCAAAGUCUAAAAUAAAAAAAAACUAAUCCACACUCGAGCUGACAGCUCGUGUUGGAGGUGGAUCUGGGCUGUGUUCUGAAGAAAUGAUCAUUUAUAUGAACAGUGAGGUGAGCUGGAACUGUGAUCCACUCCGGUUUUCAUUUGUGGCGUUCUGAGGAAAAGAAGAGCUGCAGGAUUUGUGUUGACUUGAAGAUAUUUUUAAUUUAAUUUUAUAACUUGAAAUCCCUUUAUUUUUUUUUUUAUUUUGUCUUCAAAUAUCCACGAUUUCCUUGUAAUCCUUUUUAAAUCCCUUCAAGAUAUAAAGCUCUACAGGUUGUUUUUAAAGGAAUCCAUCAGUUUUCUCUCUAGACGGAAUAUAACGGUUGGCAAAAAAGCAAAUAAAGACCCUUUUUGAUCAUCUUUUGAGCUGUUUUCAAAGCAUUCCUAAUAUUUUGUUUUUGGUGAAAUACGUUUUUAUUAAGAAAAAAUUAAAAAUCUAGGACGUAGUUUGUGCUGAGUGGACUGUAGGUGAAGAGCAACUCCGCCCCCCUUCCUUUCCCCAGUGCUGAAAGCUUGGGGCAGGGCGCUUGUGGUCCGCCCAGCAUAUUUUCUGAAUCAUAAAUAUGCCUUUUUUUCAAACUGCUUCAAAAAAGAAAUACUAAGAAGAAAAAAGAAAUCUAAAUUUUCUUAAUACCGUAUUUUCUACACUAAUAGGUUCACUUAAAAGCUCAAACUUUUUUACAAAAAUCCUCUUUAAGCGCCAAAAGGUCUAGCGGACCUUUUGUUUGUACCAAGUUCCAAAAUC